AUGAUUUCCAAGGCCGUAAAAUCCAUGCUGAAGGAAGUAGAUUAUAACGGUAGCCUGAUCCCUGUGUCCAGUCUGAACGACAGCUCCGGUACUGAAUCUCCUCUCACUCAUUGUGAAGACCAGGCCCAGAUUGGGAUGCUUCUGGCAGGAACCGAAAUACCAGUCCAGAGGCUUUACCCUGAGUGAUGUGCUGAAGCCUGGAAAGCUUGAAGAACCUAAAGACAAACCUUUUAACCCAGGUAAACACUGCAGCCCCUCCAGCAGGGUUGCCAGGUCUAGCUAAAAUGUACCUAAAUAAAUCUGUUUUGCGUUUGUGCAUAACUAUAGAUAAAUCUGCCAGGAGAGUUUGAGUGAUGAAAGUUGAAUCGAGGAUCUCAAACACUUGGACUAACUUUAAAAAAAUGAAUGUUAGACUAUUUUCUGGCAAUUGUGCCAUUAUUUUGUGCCAGAUGUUAAGACUACAAACAGUUAAAAAUGGCCCAUUUGCGAGAUUGACUUUCAUUAGGUAUAGGCAUAGGCUACAGACUAAAAUAUGGGUUUAUGAUUGUGAUUCAACUUUGCCAUGGUUUGCUUGAUAGAUGCAGGUAGCCUAUAGCCCCUGAUAGGCCUACAUCUUAUUUCAGAUAGUCUACAGUAGCGUAGGCAAGAUGUAGGCAAGAUGUAAACUGAACGAUUUAGGAGUUUGUGUUACGCUAUGGUUAAACCCAGCACUCAGAGAAACAAAACACGACUAAGGGAGUGGAAGAAACAAAAAUUAUUUUAAUAAAAGUUCAAUUUGUCUUAGUCCAAAAACAACUGAAGAAAAGGAACAGAGUGGGCUAGUCGGCUCCGGAGGAAGGAGAGGCUGAGGCAGGCAGGCAGGCAGGCAGGCAGGCAGGCAGGCAGGAAGGCAGGCAGGCAGGUUGGGAGGUAUGUCUGAACGCUCUAGUAAGAACAACGAUCUGGCGCCGGUGGAGAGCCAUGCCCAGGAAUUAGUAGUGCAGGUUGAUGAGAGAAUAGGAUGCAGCUGCGUAGGCAGGAAUCACUGGAAACAACCCGCAGCUGCACAGGAGAGGCAGAUCCUGAGCACGCCCCCCGAUCCACUCCAGACACACACCAGCAGACGCACCAACAUAAUGGGGACAAACACACAUACAGAUACAACAUACAAAGAGGGGACAGAACCAGGAGGAAGGGAAACAGAAAAGGGAGAGACAAGCUGCCCACACAACAGUACCCCCCCUCAAUGGUCGCCACCUGUCGACCCACCAGGCCUGUCAGGGUUGUCGUGAUGGAAGUCCGUGAUCAGCUGAGGAUCCAACACAAAACGCUUAGGGACCCAAGACCUCUCCUCUGGUCCAUAACCUUCCCAAUCGACUAGGUAUUGGAGACCCCUACCCCGCCUCCGAGAGUCCAGGAGCCUACUGACGGUGUAGGCCGGAUGGUCGUCAAUGAGGCGAACAGGUGGAGGUGGAUCUGCCGGCGGACACAAAAGGCUGGAGGACACAGGUUUCAGUUGGGAGACGUGGAAAGUAGGGUGUAUCUUCAUGGCUGAAGGCAACUUCAAACGAACCGCAGCGGGGUUAACGAUGGACUCCACCACAAACGGACCCAGGUACCGAGGAGACAGCUUGCGUGAUUUGGUACGAAGAGGUACGUUCUUUGAUGACAGCCAAACUUCUUGACCAGGAUGAAAUACAGGUGCGGGAGUCCUGCUCCUAUCCGCUGUCGUCUUGUUCCUGUCGGUGGUCCGAAGCAACGCUUCCCGAGCGUCGCUCCACACUCUCUGGCAGCUGCGGAGGUUCUCCUGAACCGAAGGAACAGCCAAUUCCUUCUCCUGAGCAGGAAACAGAGGGGGUUGAUAACCCAUGGUUACCUCGAAGGGUGAAAGGCCGGUGGCAGAGGUGGUGAGGGAGUUGUGGGCGUACUCUAUCCAAGGCAGAUGUUUGGCCCAGGAUGAUGGAUGUUGAGCAGCCACACAACGAAGGGUUGCUUCGAGGUCUUGAUUGGCUCUUUCUGUUUGACCGUUGGUCUGGGGAUGAAACCCUGAGGACAGACUAACGGAAGCACCCAAAGCAGAACAGAAAACCUUCCAAACACGGGAAGUAAACUGUGGGCCUCUAUCAGAUACGAUGUCCACAGGUAUUCCAUGGGGACGGAAUACAUGUUGAACUAGGAGGUCCGCUGUCUCACUGGCAGACGGUAAUUUUGGUAAUGCUAUAUAGUGAACAGAUUUAGAGAAUCUGUCCACAAUGGUAAGUAUAGUAUCAUUACCUUCAGACUUGGGUAGGCCGGUGACAAAAUCCAUGGCUAUGUGGGACCAGGGACGGCUGGGAACUGGGAGGGGUAGCAGCAGCCCCGAAGGGGACUGAUGGGAGGCUUUGCCCCGAGCACAGGUUGAACAGGCUGCCACAAAAGCCCGAACGUCAGUUUCCAUUGAAGGCCACCAAAAAUGUCUCUUAAGCAGCGUCAACGUGCAUCUCAUCCCAGGGUGACCAGCAAAACGGGAGGUGUGAAUCCACUGCAACACCUGAGACCGGACCGUCUCGGGAACAAAGAGUAGGUUGGGAGGUCCAUCACCCGGUCCCGGGUCCGUGGCAAGUGCAGUCUUCACAAGAGACUCGAUCUCCCACUGUACUGCCGCCACGACGCAUGAGGAAGGUAGGACUGCCUCAGGCUCGCUGGUCUCCGAAGGGUCAGCAAACUGGCGGGACAAAGCAUCUGGUUUAACAUUUCUUGACCCCGGUCUGUAUGUUAGAAUAAAGUUAAACCUACUAAAAAACAGGGCCCAUCUGGCUUGGCGUGAGUUGAGUCUCUUAGUGGCUUGGAUGUAAGCCAAGUUUUUGUGGUCUGUCCAGACCACAAACGGCAGUUCAGCUCCAUCCAGCCAGUGCCGCCAUUCUUCCAGUGCUAGCUUGACCGCCAGCAGUUCCCGGUUUCCAACGUCGUAAUUCCGUUCUGUGGGUGACAAUUUCUUGGAGAAAAAAGCACAGGAGUGAAGCUUUUGGUCAGUGGGGGAGCGCUGGGAGAGGACUGCUCCCAGACCUGAGUCAGACGCGUCCACCUCCACAAUAAACUGCAGAGAGGUAUUGGGGUGUAUCAACACGGGGGAGGUGGAAAACAGUUCCUUCAAAACCCCUACCGCCUGCUCCGCCUCAGGGGACCACAGAAAAGGGACUUUUGGGGAUGUGAGUCUAGUAAGGGGUGCCACCACUUUACUAAAACCCUUAAUGAAUCUACGGUAGAAGUUAGCAAAGCCCAAAAAUCAUUGAAGUUGCUUACGGGUGGUGGGUGUGGGCCAUUCCGUCACUGCCCGGAUCUUCUCGGGGUCCGCCUUCACCUGCCCGCUCUCAAUGAUGAAACCAAGGAACGAUGUAGACUGUUUGUGGAACUCACACUUUUCUGCUUUGACGUACAGCUUAUUCUCCAAGAGCCGUUGAAGGACUUGACGGACGUGUGACUCAUGCUCCUCGGGUGACUUGGAAAAAACAAGAAUAUCAGCCAGGUAUACAAAGACAAAACGGUUCAAAAAAUCCCUAAGAACAUCGUUCACCAUGGCUUGGAAUACAGCAGGGGCGUUUGAGAGCCCAAAGGGCAUGACCAAAUACUCAAAAUGCCCCAGUGGAGUGUUGAAAGCGGUUUUCCACUCAUCUCCCUUUCGGAUUCUGACAAGGUGAUAAGCGUUCCUGAGGUCGAGCUUGGAGAAAACUGUGGCGCCAUGCAGAGGUUCAAAAGCUGAGUUGAUGAGUGGAAGGGGAUACUUGUUUUUAACAGUUAUGUUGUUUAAACCCCUGAAAUCGAUACAGGGGCGUAACGACUUGUCUUUCUUUUCAACGAAAAAGAAACCUGCACCCAAAGGAGACGACGAGGGACGGAUUAUGCCCGAGGCCAGAGAAUCACCAAUAUACUGCUCCAUUGCCUCUCUUUCCGGUCGGGACAGAUUGUAUAAGCGACUAGAGGGCAAGGGAGCACCAGGAAGCAGUUCAAUAGGGCAAUCAUAAGGCCUAUGUGGUGGUAGAGACAGAGCCUUGUCCUUACUGAAAACCUCAGCUAAGUCAUGGUAUUCUUUGGGGACAGAUGACAGAUCGGGAGGAGCUGAGGGAUGAGUUGGGUUACACUUAGUGGGGGGAACCGCUGACCUAAGGCACUCUGAAUGGCAGUUAGUGCUCCAACUGAGAAUGGUGUGACGUGUCCAAUCAAUUUGUGGGUUGUGAAGAGCCAACCAGGGGAAGCCAAGGAUUAGGGGGGUAGCUGAGCCAGACAUAACUCUUAACUGAAUGCUUUCACAAUGAUUGCUAGAAAUCACUAGGGAAACGGGGGUGGUUUGAUGAGUUAUCUCCGCGAGGAGGCGCCCAUCAAGGGCUGUGACUCGAAUGGGGGUAGGUAGUGGCUCCACGGGGAUACGAGCUUGUGUAACGAACUGGUGGCUAAUAAAGUUGUCUUCUGCACCUGAGUCUAUGAAAGCUGAGAGUGGCAGGGAAUGACUCUGGAAACGUAAGGUUACGCAAGUAGACCCACCGUUACGAGCGAGCCUUGUCUUUUGGUCGCUUAGGGCAUGUAGCCAGAAUGUGUGUGGUGUCUCCACAGUACAGGCACUCACCCGCCUGGAGGCGCCGUUGCCGCUCUGCUGGAGGUAGUCGAGCUCGACCCACUUGCAUUGGUUCCUCCUCUGUGCUCGGGAUGGGAUCAGGAACAAGAAGCUGCCGGCUCCGGGGAGGCGAGACUCGAGUGGUUGAAGGGUGGGGAACUCGUCCUCCUAGAUGUGGGCGACCGCCUCUCUCCCGACGCCUCUCCCGCAACCGGUUGUCUAGCUUAAUGGACAGGGAAACGAGAGAAUGUAAAUCAUGUGGCUCGUCACGAGCAGCCAGUUCAUCCUUAAUGGCUUCAUUCAAACCGUUUAGAAAUGCUCCUUGAAGUGCCACAUUGUUCCACUUGGAGUCCGCUGCCAAAGUCCAGAACUCAAUAGAGUACUCAGCCACACUGUUAGAACCCUGCCUCAAAUUAAAAAGUCUCUUGGAGGAAUUACCCACAUGGUCAGGAUGGUCAAAAACAGUCUUCAAUUUAGCAGAAAAAUCAGCAAAAGUCAAUCCAGUCAAAGUUUGAUUUGAGCACACAGCCUCAGCCCAAACCAGAGCUCUCCCUCUUAACAGCCCCAGAACAUAAUGUACCUUAGAGGAAUCAGUAGAAAACGACAGUGGUCUCUGCCGAAAAAUCAAGUCACACUGAAGCAAAAAUCCCCGGCACUUGUCCAAUUCUCCAUUGAACGGUUCAGGCGACGUGACAGGGGGUUCCCGAUGGAACGAAGCCUGCAUAAUGUCAGAGGAAACAACUUGGGGUGCAUCAAACUGGGGGUCAGAGAGAGAUGGAGAACUGAUAACAGACAAUUUAGAGACUUGUGUUGUUAACUGAGUCACCUGGUUCAGCAGUUGAUGAUUAUUUUCCAAAAGAGUCCGAAUCAAUUGGUCAUGCUGUCCUAGCAACGUUCCUUGAGCCUGGAUAGCUUGUUGGAAGCUGUCUUUGUCUGCCCCGUGCUGUUUCUCUGUUGGGUCCAUGGCCAGAUCGUUCUGUUACGCUAUGGUUAAACCCAGCAAUCAGAGAAACAAAACACGACUAAGGGAGUGGAAGAAACAAAAAUUAUUUUAAUAAAAGUUAAAUUUGUCUUAGUCCAAAAACAACUGAAGAAAAGGAACAGAGUGGGCUAGUCGGCUCCGGAGGAAGGAGAGGCUGAGGCAGGCAGGCAGGCAGGCAGGCAGGCAGGCAGGCAGGAAGGCAGGCAGGCAGGUUGGGAGGUAUGUCUGAACGCUCUAGUAAGAACAACGAUCUGGCGCCGGUGGAGAGCCAUGCCCAGGAAUUAGUAGUGCAGGUUGAUGAGAGAAUAGGAUGCAGCUGCGUAGGCAGGAAUCACUGGAAACAACCCGCAGCUGCACAGGAAAGGCAGAUCCUGAGCACGCCCCCCGAUCCACUCCAGACACACACCGGCAGACGCACCAACAUAAUGGGGACAAACACACAUACAGAUACAACAUACAAAGAGGGGACAAAACCAGGAGGAAGGGAAACAGAAAAGGGAGAGACAAGCUGCCCACAUAACAGUUUGUUUAGUUCAAAUUAGCAGAAUAAUUUAUUCAACAUGAAUAGCGAGGCGAUUUCGAGUUAAGAAGUGCUUGUGUUUCCCAAUAGCCAGCUGGAAUAGGCUACUGAGGAUGGGGUCAUAAUUUCAAUCACUGAAUUAAAUAUUAAUAAUAUGUAUAUGAACUGAAUAUGCUUGUCAACAAUAGCCAGUGUUUCUUUUUUUCUUUUUUACCUGUAGCCUAAACAAUUGAUCGGCAAUUGCGAUAGAGCUUUGAUAACUUACAUUUUAAUUAACUAAACAUGUCCAUUAAUAAUUGCAUAAUAACACAAGGUUACAACAACAAUAAACUGAAGUUAUGGGCGAUUUAUUAAAUCCGUGUGCCAGCUCCAGGUAGGCUACACAAGUGGCACAAAUUGAUUUGCAAUGACUCCAGGGAUAUAGUCAUUUCAACAUAUUUAUUGUGCCAAAUGGUAGCCAACAGUAGCCUACAAUGGCAUAUCAAUGAAUAGGCUAAUAGGCCAACAGAUGCAAAGGUGUCAUUUUUCACAUUUGUCCGUUUCAUUGAGGACUUUUCCGCAUAACAGAGUCACGCUAGGUAGUUCCAUAACGUCCAUUUCAAAUGUCCACUAGUACAUCCCCCCAGACCCUAGAACUGAGCAUGUGUAAAACACUUUGCUUGAAACUGUUUUCCAUAAGCAAAGUCGAUAUUAGAAUGUAGUUUAAACCAUCUCCACGCAAAUUGUUCUAAUGCGCUCUAGUACACCCAAAGUCGUCUUCCAGUGUUUUGUGGCCGUUAUUUCUUGAUGCGCAUCAUUUCUAGCGUGUUAAUAUGUUUUAUUGUAAAAGGGUUGGAAAAAAAUAGGUGUCUCCAUAAUGAUUCUAAAUAGCCUACCUACAACUGGUAAAAAGUUGUCAUCAAUGGUAGCCCAAAGGCUUGAAAAUGAGCGAACAUGGCAACCCUGCCUUCCGGGAACAAUUUGCUUACAGUGUCCUCUUUCUAUUACCGUAAAACUUGUUAAACGCAGUCUGAAAUAGCUGCCUGUCUCUUUUAAUAGCCUGGCAACGCCACAAAUUUCUGCAAAUAAAUGCCUGUUUCAAGGAAACGCCAGGUGUAAAUGCAUUGUUUAUGAGGUGACCAUGAAACGUUUACAAGGUUUUAUGUUUGGUUUGUUACAUUAAAUAAACCAGUAAUAACUCGGGAAAAAAUGAUGGCAAUCAUCCAUUUUUAUCGUGAGUAAAAAACUGCUAGUCAUUGCCUUCUAACAGCUGAGAACUGCUAGUUAACUGGCAGGCACAAAAGCAGUCAAUUUUGGGAGUACAGACCCCCAGAAAUCGGCCGAUCGCCUCUAUUGCCGAAAGUGCACGGUCAAAGUGGAGAAUAAUUAUUCUGUCAAGGAAAAGUAACACAAUCUCACACUCAAUUCGUGCAAAUAUGUACCAAAAGUAUUUUAGCAGAUUUCGUGCGUUUUUGUGUGGCUUAAUUCGUGUGAAAAUACACACAUUUUUGUGCAACUUAAUUCAUAGGAAAAUACAGUUUUGGUGGGGAAACUUUUGAAACGUAUUGAAGUAAUGCACUACCUUUUUUUGUGUCCCACAUUGAUUUAUAUAUAAAAAACAAAUGUGUUAACAACACAAUAUUGUUAAUCAACCAGGUUUUCACCGAAAUAUUUAUAAUAUAAUAGUAGCCUUACGCUUUUUUAUUAUGUAUUAAUGCCAAUGCUGUUUUCUAUGCAUGUUUUCGCUUAAUACUUUUGGAUACUGGCGUUAUGUCCGAUUUUAUGAGGGUUGCCAGAUUGGUGUAAAAAGCUCUAUUUGUUUGUUUUUUGUGUGGUAUCGAUGAAGGUAUUUGAUUGGAGAAUGGGGAUACAUUUUCAUGAUGGGACAUUUAUUCACCAAUAAAUGUGGGGAAACAGAAGACCUGCAAAAAAAAUCUGUUUGCUUUAAAUUGACCUGGUGCGACUGCAUGGUAUUUACAACUAUAACGAGUCUGAACUAUGAUCAAUCAAGCCAUAUCAAUGCAGUUAAAUGUAAAAUAAUGAAUUAUGUUGGCUUAAAUUUAUGGCACUUCCAAGGCCGUUUCAUGAUGGUUAAUAUAGUCGUGUCAAUCAUGUUAUAUAUUGUAACGAGGCAUAUGCCAGCAUUGUAGGCCUACUGCUUCUGCCCAGAGGCCUACUAGGCUUUCAUGGCAACGGCCGUUAGAGCUCACUUUGCCACGUAGGUUAGAGUCACUGUUGUAGCUUUUGGUGGCUACAUUGGUGGCAGCAUUAGCAUCCCGCUCAGCUCACGUCUAGUUAUGUGAUCUAGUGGUGGGAAGCAUUCUGUUUUUCAACAGUGUGUUGGGUGUAAUUACAUUGAUGUAUCUAGUUAGCAAUGGAUAAGCAACAAUGGGAGUGAUGGAUAGAAGUAGUCACUACAAGUGUGAUCAAGCCUUACAUAAAAGCUGCCUGAAGCUGAAUGGAAACUGCUAUGCCCUGACCAGUUAUUCAGAAGAAAAUCCUCUGUGACUGUCUAAUUUACGUAAGUUAACUUACCAGUAUGGACCCAAAUCAAACACAUUCUACACAUUUACAAACUACUUGUUUAAAGUGUUAUUACAACCAUGGUGUUCUUUUGUUACUGAAGCUUAUAUCAAAUAACCUGACAAUGAUCCACAUCCUAUGGGUAGACAAAUAAUGUAAGUGUGUUAUGCAGCAAAACACAACUAUCCUUUUUUAGGAUGCAAACCAGUAAUAUGAAUCACUGUUAAACCAUCCUGUUCUGAUCUCAUGAGAUGGAUGUAGGAUUUUCUACGGCCUAGAAUCGAGGCCUUUCCCAGUCGUGAAGGAUGAAGCUAGGCCCCUCUUGGUUCUCAUUGGCGAAGACUGAACUCAAGUUAGGGGUUACAUGUCAGACUCUCCUACACCACCAAAUACCCUUUUUAAGGUGAUAUAACUUGUAUCAUUAUUAUAGGACUGUGAAACCCAUAGCCGAAUGCCUUCACACUGAGCAUUUCUCACCAUUUAUUUACGGAUAGCAAUUUCCAUUUUAUAACAAGUAGUGUCCAUUUAUUUACAGUAUUGAGUUGAUUCAUUUUUGCUUUCUUCAGUGGAAAUACAGAAUAUGUAUAAAAAUGCCAAAUAUACCAAAAACUAAAUCAAGCAGAGAUGUAAUACUAUUUAAUCAUGUUAUUCAUUACUGAAACAUGCAAACUACAAACAGUUAACCAGUUAAAGAUAAUGAAUACAUGACAACAAGAUACAAAUAUUUUAUUUAAAAUAAUUCAUACAAAUGUCAAGAGUUGGCUAUAACAUGAGUACAAACAAAGUGAGUGUGUAUAUGUGUGUAAGUGUUUGUGUGCGUGUGUGUGUAUUAUGGUGUGUAUUAUAAUUUCUCAUCAUAAAAUUUUUUCCCCAUUCCCCAAUCAAAUACCUUCAUCGAUACCACAAAAACAAAACAGAAAAAUCUGUAUUUUUUCUCCAAUCUAGCAACCCUCAUAAAAUUCGACAUAGCCUUGUAUAAAAUGCAUAAUGAAAGAAAUGGUGUAAUGUACACGAAAAAGUGGAGCCAUGUAUAUAAUGCAUUAUGAAGAAAUUUGUGUAGGCCUACUGUUGCCUACAUGAAAAAAGGGACUUUCUGACUACAAGUGCAACAGUGUCCCAAAGUAUUAAACGAAAACAAGCAUAGAAAACAGUAUUGGCAUUAAUUUAAAAAACAACGUAAGGCUACUAUUAUAUUAUAAUUAUUAAAUAAUAAUUAAGCUACACAGAAAUGCACAAAAACGCACAAAAUCUGCUGAAAUUGGCGCCGACAGAUAUGGCGCCGACAGAUAUGGCAGCUCUGCUUCUAGCUCCUAAGCAACUUUGCAGUAUAUUGUUUUUUUGUGUGUUAUUUCUUACAUUGUUAGCCAAUAUUUUUUUUGUGUUAUUACAUACAGCCGGAAAUAACUUUUGGAUAUCAGAAUGGCGGUAACUCACCAGCAUUACGACCAGGAAUACGACUUUCCCAAAUUGGAUCCUUAGUUCGUACACCCCAGGGCAAUUUAACUUAUUCCAGAGACUGCUCCAAAACACCGCCAGCGGAGAAGAGGUAUUCGAAGUGGACUUCUAGUCCGACUUAGGAGGCGUAAACACCAUCCACCGCUAUAUUACUCGCUAAUGUUCAGUCUCUGGAUAAUAAAGUAGAUGAGCUCAGGGCGAGGAUCUCCUUCCAGAGAGACAUCAGGAAUUGUAUCAUACUCUGUUUCACGGAAACAUGGCUCUCUCUGGAUUUACUGUCCCGUCAAUACAGCCAGCUGGGUUCUCAGUACAAUGCUUAGACAGGAAUAAAGAACUCUCCAGGAAUAAGAAAGGCGGGGGUGUAUGUUUCAUGAUUAACUAGUCAUGGUGUGAUUGUGAUAACAUACAGAACCUCAAGUCCUUUUGUUCACCCGACCUAGAAUACCUCACAAUCAAAUGCCGACUCUAUUACCUCCCAAGAGAAUUCUCUUCGGUUGUAGUCACAGCCGUGUAUAUUCCCCCUCAAGCCGAUACCACAACAGCCCUCAAAGAACUACACGGAACUUUAUGCAAACUGGAAACCACAUAUUCUGAUUUAUCGUAGCUGGGGAUUUUAACAAAGCAAAUUUGAGGAAAACGCUACCGAAGUUCUUUCAACACAUUGACUGAUGUACUCUCACUGGAAAAACAUUGGACCACUGCUACUCAACUUUUCGAAAUGCCAACAAGGCCCUCCCCCGCCAUCCCUUCAGCAAAUCUGAUCACGACUCAAUUUUGCUCCUCCCUUCCUAUAGGCAGAAACUCAAACAGGAGGUACCCGUGCUAAGGUCUAUUCAACACUGAUCUGACCAACCGGUAUCCAUGCUUCAAGAUUGUUUUGAUCACGUGGACUGGGAUAUGUUCUGGGUAGCCUCUGAGAAUAACAUUGACGAAUACACAGAUACGGUGACUGAGUUCAUCAGGAAGUGUAUAGGAGAUGUUGUACCCACUGUGACUGUUAAAACCUACCCAAACCAGAAACCGUGGAUAGAUGGCAGCAUUUGCGAAAAAAAUGAAAGCACGAACCACCGCAUUUAACCGCGGCAAGAUGACUGGGAAUAUUGCUGAAUACAAACAGUGUAGUUAUUCCCUCCGUAAGGCAAUCAAACAGCCAAAACGUCAGUACAGAGACAAAGUGGAGUCGCAAUUCAACGGCUCAGACACAAGACGUAUGGGGCAGGGUCUACAGACAAUCACGGACUACAAAGGGAAAACCUGCCACCUCGCGGACACCGACGUCUUUCUUCCAGACAAGCUAAACACCUUCUUCGCCCGCUUUGAGGAUAACACAGUGCCACCGACGCAGCCCGCUAACAAGGACUGUGGGCUCUCCUUCUCGGUGGCCGUCGUGAGUAAGACAUUUAGCGUGUUAACCCUCGCAAGGCUGCUGGGCCCAAACGGCAUCCCUAGCCGCGUCCUCAGAGCAUGCGCAGACCAGCUGGCUGGAGUGUUUACGGACAUAUUCAAUCUCUCCCUAUCCCAGUCUGCUGUCCACCAUUGUUCCUGUACCCAAGAAAGCAAAAGUAACUAAAUGUCUAUCGCCCCAUAGCACUCACUUCUGUCAUCAUGAUGUGCUUUGAGAGGCUUGUUAAGGAUCAUAUCACCUCUACCUUACCUGACACCCUAGACCCACUUCAAUUUGCUUACCGUCCCAAUAGAUCCACAGACGAUGCAAUCACCAUCGCACUGCACACUGCCCUAUCCCAUCUGGACAAGAGGAAUACCUAUGUAAGAAUGCUGUUCAUUGACUAUAGCUCAGCCUUCAACACCAUAGUACCCUCCAAGCUCAUCAUUAAGCUUGGGGCCCUGGGUCUGAACCCCGCCCUGUGCAACUGGGUCCUGGACUUCCUGACGGGCCGCCCCCAGGUGGUGAAGGUAGGAAACAACACCUCCACUUCACUGAUCCUCAUCACAGGGGCCCCACAAGGGUGCGUGCUCAGCCCCCUCCUGUACUCCCUGCUCACCCAUGACUGCGUGGCCACACACGCCUCCAACUCAAUCAUCAAGUUUGCAGAUGACACAACAGUAGUAGGCCUGAUUACCAACAAUGACGAGACAGCCUACAGGGAGGAGGUAACGGCCUUGGGAGAGUGGUGCCAGGAAAAUAAUCUCUCACGCAAUGUCAAUAAAACAAAGGAGCUGAUCGUGGACUUCACGAAACAGCAGAGGGAGCACGCCCUUAUCCACAUCGACGGGGCCGCAGUGGAGAAGGUGAAAAGCUUCAAGUUCCUCGGCGUACACAUCACUGACAAUCUGAAAUGGUCCACCCCAGGCAGUGAUACAGCGCCUCUUCAACCUCAGGAUGCUGAACAAAUUUGGUUGGCCCCUAAAACCCUCACAAAUUUUACAGAUGCACAAUUGAGAGCAUCCUGUCGGGCUGUAUCACUGCCUGGUACGGCAACUGCACCGCCCGCAACCGCGGUCUGCCCAACACAUCACCUGGGGAAAACGACCUGCCCUCCAGGACACCUACAGCACCCGAUGUCACAGGAAGGCCAAAAAGACGAUCAAGGACAUCAACCACCCGAGCCACGACCUGUUCACCUCGCUAUCAUCCAAAUGUCGAGGUCAGUACAGGUGCAUCAAAGCUGGGACAGAGAGACUGAAAAACAGCUUCUAUCUCAAGGCCAUCAGACUGUUAAAUAGCCAUCACUAGGCGGCUUCCACCCGGUUACGUAACCCUGCACCUUAGAGGCUGCUGCCUUAUAUACAUAGACUUGAAAUCACUAGUCACUUUAAUAAUGUUUACAUACUGCUUUACUCAUCUCAUAUCUAUGUACUGUAUUCUAUUCUAGUGUAUUUUAGUCAAUGCCACUCCGACAUUGCUCAAUCUAAUAUCUAUAUAUUUCUUAAUUCCAUUCUUUUACUUUAAGAUUUGUGUGUAUUGUUGUGAAUUAUUAGACAGUACUGUACUGUUGGAGCUAGGAACACAAGCAUUUCGCUUCACCCGCAAUAACAUCUGCUAAAUAUGUGUAUGUGACCAAUAACAUUUUAUUUUAUUUUAUUUGAAAUACUUUUUGUACAUAUUUGCACGAAUUGAGUGUGAGAUUGUGUUGCUCAUUUACCAAUGCAUAAUUUGUGUAAUUUUAGGCCAGAAUAGCACUUACGCCCCUCUGCCUCCAAGCUGUCAAAUUGUUUUGCUCUUACAAGAAGUGUGAUUGAUUUCUAUUUUGGUGCCUUUUGGAGUAACCUUGUGAUGUUUUUUUUUAUCAUUAGGGUCUACAUGUACAGUGGCUACAACUUAAGACCCUUGCAGCCUACUGUGGGACCCUCAAAAAGAGACAUCAGCACGUUCACCAAGACCUCUGACACAGCAAGGGGUGCUGUUGGUGUUUUCACCUAUGAUCUCUUCAAUCCCUCCAAGAAUAUGCACACCGAGAUAAUAGCUGUCAUGUUCUCUGUGCCCUAUGACUAUAACUUGUACUCAAACUGGUUUGCAGUGGGAAUCUUCGACAAUGACAAAAGAUGUGAUGAAACUCUUUAUAAUGAGAUGUAUAGCAGUGAGGAGAUAAGAUUUGUCAGGGGUAAAGCAGAUGGCUCCAGUAUCACUUAUAAAGGUGAUUAUGUGACCAUCAAGGCCUCAAUGUCAAGCAGUAGUCGUGCAAUCAUGAAGGUGGAGGUGUGUGACAAUUGACAGCAUAGUCAUUACUAACCUUAAAACACUGAUGGCGUCUAACUAAAUGACUCAUAUGUGAAGAUCUGAAGUUUAAUGAGGAAUUUCAAUGUGAUGUUUGCAGAAUAACUUAAACUCUAAUAAAUAAAUGGCAAACAGCUGAGAUUGGGUUUGGUUCUGAGUUUAUGAAAACAAGGCAAACAUUGUACUGAACUAUUGAAAUGUAUGUUGUUUUUAUUGCCACACAAUAGCUGACUUGACGCCAAUGUUAAAAUGAAUAAAGUUAUCCAGUUCAGAUAUACUGUACAAUUCUGCAUUUUGGUGCUUCAUUAGUGUUUCAAGUUCAAAGUUUAUUUGCCACGUUCAAGCGCCUUGGUCCGCUUCUAAUAACGAUCGUGACAGUCUUUAACCCAAACAUCACAUUGCGGCCUGUAAUUUAAUAUCAGUCCCAAGGCUCAAUCCCUCUGUUCGCUUAGGAGCAUAAUAAAACUAAACAAUGGCAACCAAAUGCUUUUCACACUUGUAUUCAUCAUGUGACCAUAGCUUCUUCAAAUUACUAAGAUAUUGCAUUAUUAGAGUGCUAUUUGAAAGCCACUAAUAACAUAUUACCAUUCACAUACUGUCAACACUCAUUAAAUUUGACAUCAACUGAUAGAUCAUGAGUACCAUGAAUCUUUCCGUUUUACUUUCUUUAUCACUGUCUUUGUUACUUUCACUAGUCUCCAUAUCUGUUUCCUUCAACUAGGACCCUUUACUAUUUCCAAUAGGAAAACCCUCUCAAUCACUACUGCUAAUACACACAGAUUACUCUCGAACAAUGUUCUGCUUUUACCCCUAUUGUAAGGUUUAAAAACAAACAAAACAAACAUGAUAACUUCUGUUCAUCAGGAUGCCAUUGUCCCCUUUUACUUUCUCCUUAUUGUUUGCAUUAGUCUACCCUAACAAUGUUAUUAUAUAUAUUUAUUAUCAAUUUCCAUUGGAUAUUCACUUUCUGCUUCACACUCAUUAAAUGUCUAUUAUUUUGAGAUUAAUAUGUAAUCUGCCGAAAUUAUAAAAAACUUUGGCCAAUUCAGAAGGGGAGAGAUACAUUUUGGAGGGAGCUUCCUUUUUAAGGUAGCUCUCACGACUAGAGUUUUUUUCUAGGAUCAACAUUUAUUAUAACUGGGCUAGCUGUAACACUCUGGCUCCAGGGACUCUGAUUGUUGAGCCAGGGUUGUUAUUUUCAUUUAGGGUGUAUUUCUAUGUUGGAUCUAGUUGUUCAUUUCUAUGUUUGGUUUUGUCGUUGAUUAGUCAUAUGACUCCCAAUCGGAGGUAACGAGUGUCAGCUGUCGGCUCGUUAUCUCUGAUUGGGAGCCAUAUUUAAACUGUGUGGUUUUCUCCUUGGUUUGUGGGUUUUUGUUUCCGUUUUCAGUCAGGUUGACUGUGGACUUCACUAGUCGUGUUUCUUGUUUUUUUCGUGCUUUAACUAAAUAAAGUACCAUGUUCGUUUCACACGCUGCGCCUUGGUCAAUUCCUUCACACGACCGUGACAGAAAAAACCCACCUAAGAAAGACCAAGCAGCGUGUCCAGGAGCAAGGAGACUGGACAUGGGAGGAGGCGCCGGGCAAGGAGAUGGAGAGGCUGGCGAUGGCCCAGGUGGGCACAUCGUGGUCCUGGGAGGACAUGCUCGGAGGCAAGGGACCUUGGGGAAGGAUCAAGGCCCUGGCGAGAGAGGAGCAACGGCGGCAGCAGGGCCAUCGUCGGAGGGUCGUGAGUCAACCCCAGAAAAUUUUUAGGGGGGGGCACACAGCAUGGACGACGGGGCUGACGGAGGAGAAAAGGGGGAGUAUCCAGGAGGCCACCAGGCCCAGGGGUACACCGCCCUGUACGUCCUGUGCUGAUGCCUCACACAGAGUGUGUGAGGGUAGGCAUUCAGCCAGGACGGGUGGUGGCCGCUGUUCACUCCAGGCCUCCUGUCCGUCUCCACAGCCCGGUCCGGCCUGUUCCUGCCACCCGCACCAAGACUACGGUGCGCGUCGCCAGCCCGACCCGGCCUGUUCCUGCCACCCGCACCAAGACUACGGUGCGCGUUCGCCAGCCCGGUCCGGCCUGUUCCUGCCACCCGCACCAAGUCUACGGUGCGCGUCGCCAUGCCCGACCCGGCCUGUUCCUGCCACCCGCACCAAGACUACGGUGCGCGUCGCCAGCCCGGUCCGGCCCUGUUCCAGCCACCCGCACCAAGACUACGGUGCGCGUCGCCAGCCCGACCCGGCCUGUUCCCUGCCACCCGCACCAAGACUACGGUGCGCGUCGCCAGCCCGGUCCGGCCUGUUCCGGCCACCCCGCACCAAGACUACGGUGCGCGUCGCCAGCCCGACCCGGCCUGUUCCUGCCACCCGCACCAAGUCUACGGUGCGCGUCGCCAGCCCGGUCCGGCCUGUUCCUGCCACCCGCACCAAGACUACGGUGCGCGUCGCCAGCCCGGUCCGGCCUGUUCCGGCCACCCGCACCAAGUCUACGGUGCGCCUCAGACGGCCAGAGUCUGCCGUCUGCACCAACGGGGCCUGAACUGCCCGUCUGCCCAAAGCCUGCAAAGCCGCCCGUCUGCCAUGAGCCAUCAGAGCACGUCCGCCAGACCAGAGCGCUAGAGCCUUCCGCCAGACAGGAUCAGCCAGAGCCUUCUGCCAGACAGGAUCAGCCAGAGCCUUCGCCAGCAUUGAGCCAGCCAGAUCCGUCGGCCAGCCAUGAGCAGCCAGAUCCGUCGGCCAGCCAUGAGCAGCCAGAUCCGCCGUCGGCCAGCCAUGAGCAGCCAGAUCCGUCAGCCAGCCAUGAGCAGCCAGAUCCUUCAGCCUGCCAUGAGCCGUCCAGCCAGGUGCUGUCCCUUAGCCCGGUGCUGCCCCUAAAUCCAGGUGGAGUAAGUUUGAGGGUGGUCAUGUGGAGGAGGCUAGGAAGCGGGUGGUGACUAAGGUGGGGUGGGGACCACGACCAGGCCAGAACCGCCACCAGUGGACAGACGCCCACCCAGACCCUCCCCGAGACUGUAUGCUGGUGCGCCCGGAGUGCGCACCUUUAGGGGGGGGUACUGUAACACUCUGGCUCCAGGGACUCUGAUUGUUGAGCCAUGGGUUGUAUUUUCAUUUAGGGUGUAUUUCUAUGUUGGAUCUAGUUGUUCAUUUCUAUGUUUGGUUUUGUCGUUGAUUAGUCAUAUGACUCCCAAUCGGAGGUAACGAGUGUCAGCUGUCGGCUCGUUAUCUCUGAUUGGGAGCCAUAUUUAAACUGUGUGGUUUCUCCUUGGUUUGUGGGUUUUUGUUUCCGUUUUCAGUCAGGUUGACUGUGGACUUCACUAGUCGUGUUUCUUGUUUUUUUCGUGCUUUAACUAAAUAAAGUACCAUGUUCGUUUCACACGCUGCGCCUUGGUCAAUUCCUUCACACGACCGUGACACUAGCGCUUUGUGGUAUCGCGUCGAAUGCUGGUGGGUAUUGCUGUCAAUCAAAGAAUACACUUAGGCUGCACCGUAUUUUAGAGGCUUUUAUUAAUACCACGAGGUUACAGCAUAAGUUAACAGACCCGCGGAGAUCCGGAGAAGCAGUCCCAAAUAAAUCUCAAUGCUUUCUGCCCCUCCGUCGUUUCCCCCAGUAUAUAUAACCUCCCAAGAUGUGGGUGGCUCCCUCUACUGUCCAAUCCCCGUGUCUACACCACACUUCCUGUCUGUUGUAUGUGGCGUUACACUAAAACAGUCCCUCUUGAUACCAAAAUCAACAUUCUUUCAGUUCCACUCAAAAAAACCUUUAACACCAUCAUAAUCUCAAUACACUACAGCUUCCUAUCAGUCCACGGUCAUUGGAGUGCUCUGUCCAUAAGGUUUCUGGCACCUGAGACAGGAUAGACUGGGAAACAGAGCCCAGUUUCCCACUCCGUCUCGGGGAGUGGUUCAGAUUUCCCUACCUGCGAAUUGGUUUAGAACUUCAUCAUUAGGGAUAUCAACGAAAACUCCAUCGGGAGUACAAUCAAUCGUAGCAUUAAGUUUAGUUAACAAGUCUCUACCUAGCAAGUUGAACGGUUGAGUGGGUGAAUACAGAAAAUCAUGUUCAACAUUCAUUGGUCCUACAGUAUUGAACAGGGUAUGGGUUUUGUUCCAAAAUGUAUUACCGGGGUGGAGAAAAUCCCAUAAGCGUUUAUAGUUUUAUUAGUUAGGGAUAGGUCAAGUCCAGUUUCUUUACCAAAAGGGGAUGUAGUAGCACUUGUAUCUACCACAUAGGAAUUUGUUUUCCCUGUAUGUUUACCAUAAGUUUUGGGCCAGAUUGAUCUACUUGUACCUGUGGGCAUUGCUGUAUCAAAGAUGUUGUUUACCCUAAGGGGUGUUCCUGUUCUGAUCUACCUCCUCUCCUCUGUGGUUCCAAUCUCUUUGGACACUCAUUUCUCCAGUGGUUUGUGACAAUGGAAGCAGUCUUCAUCUCCAUUAUUCCUAUUCCUAUUGUCCCCAUCUCUAUCCCCCCUGAACAAGAACCCCAUGGUCACUCUGACAGAGCUCUAGAGUUUCCUCUGUGGAGAUGGGAGAACCUUCCAGAAGGACAACCAUCUCUGCAGCACUACACCAAUCAGGCCUUUAUGGUAGAGUGGCCACUCCUCAGUAAAGGCACGUGACAGCCCACUUGGAGUUCGCCAAAAGGCACCUAAAGACUCUCAGACCAUGAGAAACAAGAUUCUCUGUUCUGAUGAAACCAAGAUUGAACUAUUUGGCCUGAAUGCCAAGUGUCAUGUCUGGAGGAAACCUGGCACCAUCCCUACAGUUAAGCAUGGUGGUGGCAGCAAAACUGUUUUUGCUCUGUCAUUAUGCGGUAUUGUGUGUAGAUUUAUGAGGGAAUAAACAAUUUAAUCCAUUUUAGAAUAAGGCUGUAACAAAAUGUGGAAAAAGUCAAGGGGUCUGAAUACUUUCCGAAUGCACUGUAUAUCACGGCAUCUUUCCUCAUGAUCACUGUUUCUUCUUCUUUGCUAACUGCCCAACACCAAUUCAAAUUAAAAAUAAUACAGUGACCUUCAACAAAACUUUGUAGAUUUUAUUUAGGUUGUAGCAAUAGUUAUAUAUUUUUUAUAGAUGUAUAAUACCAGUAAAUGUAUUAAUGAAGCUGAAUACAGCUUUAUGCGUAGCCUGGAGAAAUCCAGUCUGUUUCUGUUAACAUUCCACUCCUUGACACUGCUUGUCAUAUUUGGCAAAACAAGGAGUGUAAUGUACGAACAGACUGGAUUUCUCCAAGCUACUUUAUAAUCAUCCAAGAAACAUAAUAACUUUGAAUCAUCUUUGCCCUCAUCAAAGGACAACUCUCUGAUUUAUUUGAAUCAUCUUUGCCCUCAUCAAAAGACAACUCUCUGAUUUAUUUGAAUCAUCUUUGCCCCUCAUCAAAGGACAACUCUCUGAUUUAUUUGAAUCAUCUUUUGCCCUCAUCAAAGGACAACUCUCUGAUUUUUUUGAAUCAUCUUUGCCCUCAUCAAAGGACAACUCUCUGAUUUAUUUGAAUCAUCUUUGCCCUCAUCAAAGGACAACUCUCUGAUUUAUUUGAAUCAUCUUUGCCCUCAUCAAAGCACAACCUCUGAUUUAUUUGUGUCCUCUCCUGCAGGCUUUUGGACAUGUCCCACUGUCUGAUCCAGCAGACCCGUGAGAAGGCCAGGGAGGUGUUUGCGGUGGUGAAGAAUAGGAUUGUGACGACCCAGCCGUUCUCGGUCAUAGAGGUCCAGCGGGGGGGGGGGGGGGGAACUGAUGAGCUUCUGUGGGCCCAAGAACACCCAAGUUCAUCCCUCCUUUUAUAG